AUGGCGGACGCGGUUAUUUCUUCCAUAACUGGAAAAGUGGUAGACUUGUUGUGUGGUGUGGCUAAAAAGGAGAUUAGCUAUGUGUGUAAUUGCUCUGAAAAUGUUGAAAAGUGUAAAAAUGAAGCUGAUAAGUUGUCGCGUAUGAAGGGAAGGGUUCAACAACAAAUAGAUUUGGCUAGAUCUAAUGGGGAAAAACUUCUAUCAGACGUGGAAGAGUGGAUGAAGAAAGCAGAUGCUGAAAUAUCCAACGCCACGCAGUUUACUAACGGAGGAGAAGACCAGGAGAAAUGCUUCCAUUUGUGUACCCUCCGUCGUUGUAGUAAGACGGCGAUAAAAAAACGUUUUCUCUUCAGCAGCACCAAGAAAACGUCGACUUUGGAGGAGAUCAUUCGAGCUAUAGAAGAUGAGACGAUACAAAUCGUUGGAAUUAAUGGCUUAGGAGGUGUAGGUAAAACUACACUAGCUAGUGAAGUUGCUAAAGCAAUAAAGAAUCAAUUUGCAGAUAUUGUGUUUAUAACAGUGUCAAGAACUGUUGAUGUCAAAAUGAUUCAAGAAAAGGUUGGUGUUGCGGCAAGGAGAAUAGUGAACGGAGAGAAGAUUCUAAUCAUUCUAGAUGACGUUUGGGAAGAACUGAAGCUUGAGGAAUUGGGCAUUCCAUGUGGGAGUGAGUACAUGAAUUGCAAGAUUUUGCUUACAUCUAGAAGCAAAGACGUGUGUGCGGCAAUGAAUGUCCAAAAGAAUAUUUCGGUGAACCCUUUGCAAGAGGAAGAAGCGUGGACCCUUUUUGAACGUGUGGUUGGUAAAAGUGAAUGGAACGAUACACUGAAAGAAGUUGCAUUAAAGAUUGUCAAGGAAUGUGGUGGAUUACCACUUUUUAUUCAAGUUGUAGGGAAAGCUUUGAAAGACAAAGAAAUUAAAAUUUGGGAGGCAGCGCUUCGACGACUACAAGCUCCCAUGGAUGGGGAUGUCAGCUACAAAAAGGAAGGCAUACUGCAAUUGAAGCUAAGCUACGACCAUCUUGAAGAUGAAGUAGCUAAGUCACUUUUCUUAUUGUGUAGUAUGUUCCCAGAAGAUGGAAACAUUGGCCUUAAAACGUUGACACGUUAUGGGCUCGCUCUUGGGAUAUUUAAUAAUCCCGAUAGCAUUCACGAUACAAAAGAUAUAGUUCAACUGGCUGUUGAGUCUCUUAAAGCAUCUUUCUUGUUAUCGCCUGCGGAUGUACCAAUUUAUUUACCAGUUCAAUUGCUUUUUGAAGUUAAUAGAAGAGAAGAAGAAGAAUUAUUUAAAAUGCACGACCUUGUUCGUGAUAUGGCAUUGUUCAUUACUUUUAAAGGUGAUGACAAGUUUUUGGUGAAGUCCAGAAAAGGUUUGAGAGAAUGGCAGCCAAGAAGCGACGUUAUAAAAAGCUACAAGAAGAUCUCCCUCAUGGAAAAUAUAAUAUUAUGUAAGCUUCCUGAUUAUGAACUUGAUUUGCCAUACCUUGAUACUUUCCUUAUACAAAUGAAUGAACUUUCAGUUGUUCUGGAUGAAUUCUUUCGGGGCAUGAAAGAGCUGAAAGUUUUAGAUAUGUCGGGUAACAACAUUUCAUCUCUCCCACAAUCACUAACGCAACUCACAAAACUACGCCUGCUAGAUCUAAGUGGAAACAAAUCUCUCUGUGAAAUUUCUAUACUUGGGGGGUUGUCAUGUCUUGAGAUUCUAAAGCUUAGACGUACUGGAAUUAGAAAUAUCCCUGAAGAGAUCGGACAAUUGACCAAUUUAAGGCUACUAGAUGUUUACUAUUGUAUUGAUUUGUCUUACGUAACACCUUGUGUGAUAUCGAAGCUCAUUAGGUUGGAGGAGUUGUAUGUUUGGUUUUCGAAGGAGGAGGGGAAUUGUAAUUUUCUUACGGAACUAAGCGAAUUGACGUUGCUGAAAAUUCUGCGUUUAAGAGUUUGGGAAUUGUGUUAUAUUCCCAAAAUUGAACCCUUGAUAGAAUUUGACAUUGGUCCACCUGUACGCCCAAUUGGUUUAUAUAAACGCUGCCUAGAAGUUUUUGGAAAUAAAUGCUCAUGGACGAUGCCAAUUAGGAAACUGAUUCAGCUAUCUGAAAUGUUAACAUUGUCAUUUAUAAAUGAUUUGGAUAACAUCUUGCCAGACCUAUAUCAAGAAGGUUUCAAUGAAUUAAGGGAAAUUCAUUUGUGGUACUGUGAGAAUGUUAGAAGCUUGGUGAAGACAUGUGACUUGGAUGGAAUUCAGACUUCAAAUGAACGUGGUGGUCCGAUGAAAACAAAGGGAAAGUUUUUUUCCCAUUUGGAAGUAAUAGAGUUGUCCCGUUUGAAUGGCUUGGAGCUUCUAUGGGAUAACCCACAUCAAUGUAUAAGCUUUUGUAAUCUAAUGCGUAUCAGUAUAACACAUUGCCCCUCUUUGUUAAAGCUAUUCCCUAUAAGCGUAGCGCAAGGGCUUGUCAAUCUCAAACAUAUACAUAUUUCCGAUUGUGAAAGUUUGGUGAAUGUUAUUUCGGAUGGAGAUGAGCAAACAACUCGAAGUGAAAUUGAAUUGAAGGAUAUUGAGCUUGAUAAUCUGCCCAAACUUGAGAGCUUCUACUCUGGCUAUUCUAUCAUCAAAUAUCCUUCUUUGGAGAAUAUAAAAGUGAAAGGUUGUCCUAGCAUGAAGAGAUGGAGUUAUGGAGAGAAUCAUACAACCAAGAUCGAAUUUUAUCAUGAAGGGAGAUAG